AUGUGCGUAGAUGGGUUUAGAAAGUUUAUGAACAAUGAAGGGAAGUUCGAGCAGUGGUUGGCGACGGAUGAGCAAGGAUUGUUGAGCUUGUACGAAGCAGCACACAUUGCAUUCAAUGGAGAGGACAUAUUGGAUGAAGCCCUAAGUUUUGCGACGAAGAGCCUUAAAUCAAUGAUGCAAGACAAGAAGAUCAACGCUUCAUUCCAAAAGCAAAUUGAUUUUGCCUUUCGCGUUCCCGCUUGGAAAUGUGUACCAAGGUCACUUGCUAGGCACUCCAUCGAUUUCUACUCUGAUCAUCAUGACACUUCUCUUCAAAAUCAAAAGCUUCUCAUGUUUGCAAAGUUGGACUUCAACAUGGUCCAAAAGUUCCAUCAACAAGAGCUCCAGGAACUCGCUAAGUGGUGGGGAAGCAUUUAUGAGGCGACCGACUUUCCAUAUGUAAGAGACAGACUUGUGGAGAGUUACUACGGCAUUAAUUCUAUUUUCUUCGAGCCCAAAUAUCGGUUGGGAAGGAUUAUAGCCACCAAAUUCUGGUUAGUUAUAACAAUUUUGGACGACACUUAUGAUAACUAUGCUACUUAUGAAGAGGUUCGGUCCCUCACAGAAGCCAUUGAUGUAUUGCAGCUCAAAAGACUAAUCCAUUCAUACUUGGGUGAGGUUGAGUGUCGAAAUGAAGGCCGGGUUCCGACACUAGAAGAGUACAUGAUCCACGGAUAUGGCAGCAGCGGUAUCCCUGUACUCUGCGCAUCUGCUAUGCUUGGUAUGGGAGCAGAAGUAGCUACAAGGGAGGCUUUUGAGUGGGUAGCUAAUGAGCCUAAAAUGAUGAAAGCCACUGCAGUUAUCGGUAGAUUUCGAGAUGACAUUUUCACUCACAAGUUUGAACAAGAGAGAGGGCAUUCAGCUUCAGCUGUGGAAUGCUAUAUGGAGGAGUACAAAGCAUCGGAGGAAGAAGCGGUUGAAUUCCUAUGGAAGAAGAUUUCUAAUGCUUGGAAAGAUGUUGCCGAAGAGUGUCAAAAACCAAGUCUAUUUCCAGUAGCUAUCACAGAGUGUGUCCUCAACUUGGCACGUCUGGUCGGUGUGUUAUAUGAGAAUGGUGAUUGCUUCACCAACCCCCACCUUAUAAAAGAUCAUCUCAAGUCACUGUUCAUUGAUCCUGUGCCUCUUUAA